GAAAAGAGAGAGACACUGAGACAAAGAGAGGUCUCAAAAGAAGAUUCAAAAGGUAACAAAAAAAGAGCAUGCUUUUUGAAAAACCAAAAAGCAGUUGAAACCUUGGAGAUCCAGAACAAAACAGAACACCCAAUUAACAUUAACUUCCAAAGCCUUAACAAUUCACAACACACACACACUCUCGAGUCUCUCCCUGUCUGCUUUUGGCUCCACAUAUCUCCAUCUCCAUGUUUUCUUACAGCAAACAAUGAAAAUGAAGCUUCUCCUCAUGCUUCUUCUUGUUUUUCUUCUUCUUCACCAACCCAUUUGGGCUGCAGACCCUCCUGCUUUCUCUCCAGGGGAGGAACAGCAUCACAUGAAUAAGAAAGUGGUAAUAGCCAUCGUCGUAGCCACCACUGCACUUGCUGCACUCAUUUUCACUUUCUUAUGCUUCUGGAUUUAUCAUCAUACCAAGUAUCCAACAAAAUCCAAAUCCAAAAAUGUUCAAAGUCCAGAUGCAGAGAAGGGGAUCACCUUAGCACCGUUUUUGAAUAAAUUCAGUUCCAUCAAGAUUGUUGGCAUGAACGGGUCUGUUCCAAUAAUUGACUAUAAGCAAAUAGAAAAAACGACAAACAAUUUUCAAGAAAGUAACAUCUUGGGUGAGGGAGGCUUUGGACGUGUUUACAGGGCUCGUUUGGAUCAUAACUUUGAUGUUGCAGUCAAGAAACUACACUGUGAGACUCAACAUGCUGAGAGAGAAUUCGAGAACGAGGUGAAUUUGUUAAGCAAAAUUCAGCAUCCGAAUAUAAUUUCUUUACUGGGUUGUAGCAUUGAUGGUUACUCGAGGUUCAUUGUCUAUGAGCUGAUGCAAAAUGGAUCACUGGAAACCCAGUUACAUGGACCUUCUCAUGGCUCGGCAUUGACUUGGCACAUGAGGAUGAAGAUUGCUCUUGACACAGCAAGAGGAUUAGAAUAUCUGCAUGAGCACUGUCACCCUGCAGUGAUCCAUAGAGACAUGAAAUCUUCUAAUAUUCUCUUAGAUGCAAACUUCAAUGCCAAACUGUCUGAUUUUGGUCUUGCCUUAACUGAUGGGUCUCAAAGCAAGAAGAACAUUAAACUAUCGGGUACCUUAGGAUACGUAGCACCGGAGUAUCUUCUAGAUGGUAAAUUAAGUGAUAAAAGUGAUGUGUAUGCUUUUGGGGUUGUGCUAUUGGAGCUCCUACUAGGAAGGAAGCCAGUGGAAAAACUGGCACCAGCUCAAUGCCAAUCUAUUGUCACAUGGGCCAUGCCACAGCUCACGGACAGAUCCAAGCUUCCAAACAUUGUGGAUCCAGUGAUUAAGAAUACAAUGGAUCCCAAACACUUGUACCAGGUUGCUGCUGUGGCUGUGCUGUGCGUGCAACCAGAACCUAGUUACCGUCCACUGAUAACAGAUGUUCUUCAUUCACUCAUCCCUCUUGUUCCGAUUGAGCUUGGAGGAACACUAAGAGUUUCACAAGUAAAGUGAUACACGCUAAACUGUGUUAAACAAGGAUAUGAUUUGAGAUUAUGAUGCUCUGCCAAAACAGAUUGGUUUUGCCAAAUACUCGAAAUUGCAAAUAGACCCACGUCAAACGUACUACAAGGAGAUUCAUUCGGGAAGGAUGUUUAGCUUAAAUAGAGGAGAAGAGCAUUAGAUUGUUAAUAACAAAUGUAAAGAAGAAAUUAGUUUCGCUUUGGUGGGGGGGGGGAAAUUGCCUAGAGUAUUGAAUUUGUAUAAAAUUGGAUCUGAUUGUCUUCCAUUCCAUACUUUGGGUGUAUGAAAUUCAGUACAUAAAGCAAAAUAUUACUACUAAACUCUUAAUCAUUAAUCAUAAUAUCAUAUAGGUUAAAUUGUAAUUU